AUGCCGGCAGUAACAAAACCAGACGGUACUCAGGAUCCAAUUGUCGUACCAGAUGAUGCAUUCCGGGUGCUCUUGACAGGAUUCGGGCCUUUUCUCAACUAUGAGGAGAAUCCAUCAUGGCUCUCGGUGAAGCCUCUGCAGAACGCGAUUUUGUAUACCGAUCUGCUCCCUGAUGCGCUGUUGACGAAACCACAAUCUACCGCAGGCUCUUCCUAUCCUACGGAACGGUCUCAGGACCCUGCUCUAGAUGCCUCACAACCAAAACCUAUUCACAUCACCACGCUCAAGGUCCCUGUGAUCUAUGAUUCCGUUCUCAGCAUCGUGCCAGGUUUACAUGCUCGACCGCCUGUGCUCCCUGAUGAUGCACCGCCAGAAUGUGCAGAACCGCCGGAUAGCAACUAUGACUUUAUAUUUCAUAUCGGAGUAGCGGGACGUGGUCCGUUGCGGAUGGAACGAAUUGCUCACAAAUAUGGAUACCACAUGAAGGAUGCGUCUGGAAAGCUUGCCCCGGCUGUCAAGUUGUCCACCAAGGACUUCAGGAGAGGAGACGGCGGCGUGAUGAGAGUAGGAGAAGGGACAUCAGAGUCGUCUAGCUCAUUCGGAGGGGUAGGGGGAAAUACCUUGAGUCCGGCAGAAAGUAUGGAAAGAGAACGGUUGGGAUUGGACAUGGUUGAAGCUGGAGGAGAUACUAUCGCGCGACCUACACGUGGUUUUGGGGUGGGCUAUGAAUCGUUCCCUGAGGAAUUACCGACAGAUGUCGACGUAACAAGACUUGUUCAUGAUCUCAAGCAAUCCGGAGUCGAGGUCAAGCGAUCUUCAAAGCCCUAUGAGAAGCGCAGAAACACUCAGGUUCUUUUUCUGCAUUGUCCCCCAGUCAACCAGCCUCUUUCCACUGAAGAAGUUACGGAUGCCAUCAAGAGAAUAAUUGUGUGGGUGUGCGGUCAGCAGCAGCUACACGACGCCAAGGACGACACAGCUAUCGCCACCGGCGUCAGCAGCAGUGGGUAA